CGGCCGGGCGAUCCGGGCCGUGCCAAUCCACCACCACCACCACCACGACGCAGGGGGAGGGGGGCGUCACCGUCAAGUAACGGCCCCCCACCCCACCCCCCCUCGUCCAGGGCGCUUCUGGGGGAGGGCGCCUGCGCCCACCGUGGGUGGUCGCCUUUAACACCCCCCUCGCUCCGUUACCGUCUCUCCCCUUCCCCCUCCCCCUCCCCCACACCCGCUCGCUGCUCAUUCAUCCACGCGCGGUUCGAUUUGAUCUUUGAUUGAUUGAAACGCUGCCGUCGAAUCGAAAAAAAUAAUUCAAGGAUUGUGUUUUUGUUGGUUCGUCCUGUAAUAACGUUUUUUUUGAUUGUUCGUUCGUUCGUUCGUCUGUGGAUGUGAGGAGGAGGAAGGAGGUCCUCUGAUUCGGGAGUUGCGGAGUUCUUGGAUUUGGCCUAAGGAGGAGAGAUUUUCGUUUUUCGUAUCAACCCGACGGCUGUGUGAUGGACGCGAGGGAGGUGUGAAGCCCAGUCGCUGAUGCUCGUGGAGAGAUUCGGAGGAGAGGAGCGCGCGGUGAGGAGGCGGUGGAGGCGGAAGCGGCGACGAGUUGGCGAGAAGCGCAGCAGCGACGGACGACGAGCAACCGGCGGGCGACGAGGGCAGGAAGAGGGCUGCUCCUCCCCCUCCGCCUCCGCCGCCGGCCGACGCCGUCAUGGGGGAGUCGCUGCUCACCGCGCUCUCCAUGGACACCACCACGGCCCACCACCCGCACCAGGGCCCCUCCACGUUCCUCUCCAUGGACACCGCCUCCCACGACGACUUCGACCUCUUCCUCCCGCCGCCGCCGGGGCCGUUCCGCCGCUGCCUCCAUGCCGCGGCCGCCGCCCCCCCUGACAUCAACCUCCCCCUCGACGCCGACCCCUCCCCUCCGCCUCCGGCUCUGCAGUCCGGCGCCCUCCACGACCCCAACGUCGACAUGCUUGAUGUCGGCCUCGGCGGCCCGCAGCUUUACGACUCGGACUCACCUGCUGCCACCACCGGCGUGUCCCCUGCCCCGGCCGCCGCGACCACCACGGUCGCCGUAUCACAUGCCAAGGGCUCCAAUUCCAGCGCUGCCCGCAAGUGCGUGAAGAGGAACGAUACCAUAUGGGGCGCGUGGUUCUUCUUCACCCACUACUUCAAGCCGGUCAUGUCGGCUGACAAGAACGGCAAGGCGAAGGCCCCCACCGCCGGUGGGAACGGUAAUAAUGCUACGCUGGAUGCUUUCCUAGUGCAGCACGACAUGGAGAACAUGUACAUGUGGGUGUUCAAGGAGCGGCCAGAGAAUGCCCUGGGGAAGAUGCAGCUAAGGAGCUUCAUGAACGGGCACUCGCGCCUUGGGGAGCCUCAGUUCCCGUUCAGCGCGGAGAAAGGGUUCGUGCGCUCACACCGCAUGCAGCGCAAGCACUACCGGGGGCUGUCCAACCCGCAGUGCCUGCACGGGAUCGAGAUCGUCCGGGCACCAAACUUGGCUGGUGUGCCCGAAGCUGAUUUGAAGAGGUGGACAGAGCUCACCGGAAGGGACGCUAACUUCUCGAUUGAUGCUGAGGCGAGUGAUUAUGAGUCAUGGAGAAAUCUUCCUAGCACAGAUUUUGAGCUUGAGAGGCCAGCAACUACUGCUGCCACGAAGACUAGCUCACAUGGCCAUCACAAGAAGUUGCUCAACGGUUCUGGCCUUAACCUGUCAACACAGCCAUCGAAUCACAGCUCUGGGGAUGGUCUGGACAUCCCAAAUAUUUGCAACAAGCGCCGGAAGGAUUCCUCCCCCACAGCGAUGGAAGAAGAUUGCAGCAAUUCAAAUUCAGACAAGGUCCAGGACAUGGAAGUGAGCCACACGUUCGAGCCGUCAUGGAUGAAUGACUUCACUGGUGUGAUGCGCCAUGCUUCUGGUCCAGUGACUGCAGCAAAAACAAUCUAUGAAGAUAGCAAGGGGUACUUGAUCAUCAUUAGCCUACCGUUUGCUGAUAUACAAAGGGUGAAGGUUUCAUGGAAGAAUACUCUUACAAAUGGGAUAGUUAAGGUAUCAUGCACUAGUGUUGGCCGGAUGCCAUUCUUGAAGAGACAUGACCGGACCUUCAAGUUAGUCGAUCCUACACCUGAGCAUUGUCCACCAGGAGAGUUUAUUCGGGAAAUUCCACUCCCUACUCGGAUCCCGGAAGAUGCUACUUUAGAAGCAUACUGUGAUGAAUCAGGAACAGGCCUAGAGAUUAUUGUUCCAAAAUACCGUGUUGGUCCUGAAGAACAUGAAGUUCAUGUGUCCAUGAGGCCCCCCUCGUCAUGGUGCCAGUCUUAACAUGUUCAAGGUGUGUGGUGCAUGCCCUUGUAGCUGGUAGAAAUCGAUUAUUGUCAACUUCUGUUGACUGAUGUUUUGCUGUCUGCUAACCCUCAGCUCGCAAGGAGACGUUCAGAGACAUAGCAUACAAGAAAAUUGCUCUCAUUUUUGCUAAUUGGAAAGGGAAAGGGAAACAAUCGUAAUUGAUUGAAGCAUUCUGGUAUUUGGCAUUUGAAACAUUUGUAGGACCAUGCUACAUAUCACAAGGAACAUAUCUGGAUUAAUUCGAUCUUCGUUUCAGUAUAUUUGUUUGGGAAUACCUUAUGUAUUAUCUUUUGUUUUCAUUAGAAUUUCUGUGUAUGCAUAGUUUGUUGCCCGCUCGAUGUGCUUCCGUAUGUGCAUUAUUGUCUCGAGCGGUUUGAUUCUACAAAAUUGACUCCUGAAGAACUGUAUAGGCAUUCCAUAGAUAGGUGAGAAGCUUGUUCUUGUGAGCAUUCUUGGAAAUUUCAUCUCAUUUAUUUGAUGGAAACUAGGAAAAGGAGUACUUAUCAGUGCUUUCUAGGAUUUGCCAAUGUUUAGUUGGAAUUAGUGGGAGCUUUUUAGCACUUGUGAACGUUUUCCAUUAAUCGCUGGAAGGCAAGUGUAAGUGAUUGAUGGUGCCAAUGUGCCUAUAUAUGUUAUCAUUAUAGAAAUGAUCAGCACCUAUCAGUUACGAGUA